UGGCAACAGGUUCUUCUCCACCAUUUACCACAAAUACCAAUUAAACCACUUUAUGGCCACAAAACAGGCUUGUAUUUUAGCCAGUUGAGCAGUGCGUGGCUACAAUAUAAGCAGAUCCAAACUGUAGUUAAAGUCGCCAUGGAAACCAUUUCGUUUGGUUGCCACAGCAAAUGGUGAAAAAUAGUUGAUAGAAAGACAGGUGCAAUUUUAAUCCAAAGAUGUUUGUUUAUCUCAGCAAAAAGAUUGCCAUACCCAACAAUGUCAAGCUCAAUUGCAUUGCCUGGAACAAAGAGGAGGGCUAUAUUGCAGUGGCCGGCACGGAUGGACUGCUCAAGGUCCUGAAGUUGGAUCAGGCUUCUCCCAAUGGCCAAAAUAAAGGUGGCCUGGCCGCCGUCUCCAAUCUGUCCAUGAACCAAACGCUGGAUGGGCACAAGGAGUCGGUGAGGGUGGUCACUUGGAACGAUGCCCAGCAGAAGCUGACCUCCUCGGACACGGACGGGGUGAUCAUGGUGUGGAUGCUGUACAAGGGAUCCUGGUACGAGGAAAUGACCAACGACAGGAAAAAGUCCACGGUGGCCAGCAUGAGUUGGACCUCGGACGGCUCUAGAAUCUGCAUUGUCUACGAGGAUGGCGCAAUUAUAGUGGGUUCCGUGGAUGGCAAUCGCAUCUUUGGCAAGGAGCUCAAGGGAACUCACUUGACUGGUGUGCAGUGGAGUCCGGAUAACCGACUCAUCCUGUUCGCCUUGGCCAACGGGGAGUGUCAUCUGUACGAUAACCAAGGGAACUUUGCUAUGAAGCUACACAUCCAGUGCGUGAGCAUUUCUGGGGGCUCCUCCUCCAGGGGGCAUCGCAUAGCCAGCAUCUGCUGGUUCAGUGGCAGGGUGCCCCAGAGUCGGAAACGUCCUGUUCUGGCCAUUUGCUAUGAGAACGGAAGGGUGCAGAUCAUGAGGAAUGAAAAUGAUGAUGCUCCCACAAUCUUUGACACUGGGAUGCGCAACGUGGACGCCAAGUGGAACCAUGAUGGCACGGUUUUGGCCAUCUGCGGAACCACUUUGGAUACGGUAACCCCUCCUUCGCAGCGUGACUCCAACCAGGUGUGCUUCUACUCGCCGCUGGGCAGGAUCUACAGGACCCUCAAAGUGCCGGGCACCGACAUCACCUCGCUCAGUUGGGAGGGUAAAUCCCUUCGCAUCGCCAUGGCCGUGGAUUCGUUCAUCUACUUCGCCAACAUCCGACCCGACUACAUCUGGUGUUACUUCGAGAAGACUGUGGUCUUUCUGAACACUGGCUCUGGUUCCAGAGACUCGCCCAUGAGUGUGAUCACCUUCUGGAACACCGUCUCGAAUCAGAGUUUCCUCAAGGAGGUGGAGCCCACUUUGUGCCUGGCCUCCAGUAGUGAGCACUGCGUCCUGGGAGUGGAGUGUGUUAGUAGUAAUAUCAAGGAGGUUGCUCUGAGUACCCUGGAGAAUCGGAGUAAUCCUGCGGAUGACAGGGUUUACCAGUUGUUGCUUUGCAACUCCAUUGGAACCACUGUGGAUUCCAAGUACACUGAUAUCCGUCCCUGCUUUGUGGGCAUCAACUCGAGCUAUGUGGCCAUAGCCUCCCAGGAGGAGAUCCUCAUCUGGCAUUACCAUACCCCCAAGAGCGCCUCCACACUGCACAAUGUGAAGGCCCGCAAGGAGAAGCGUUUCCACAUCGAUGACACUCCCACUGGAGUGGAGAUGGCCAAGGAUUUGAUGCUGAGCAGUAGUGAUGGUCACUCCACACAGCGUGGGAUUAGUGAUCCCAUCUGUGCACUGGCCCUCUCCGAGAAGCUGCUGCUGGUGGCCAGGGAAUCGGGUGCCAUCAACGAGUACAGCAUAGCCAAUGUGGCUCUAAGGAAUCGCCACCUGAUGAACUCAAAGGUCUACAAGAUGGCCAUCAACUGCAAUUCCACUCGUGCUGCCAUCAUCGAUCAUAUGGGAGUGAUGACCCUCCUCGACCUGGAUGACAAUAGGGAAACCCAACUCAACUUCAGUCGAGUGGAGAGGAAGGAUGUUUGGGCUGUGAGUUGGGCCAAGGAUAACCCCCUGCUCUUGGCUCUGAUGGAGAAGACACGCAUGUACAUUUUCCGCGGCAACGAUCCCGAGGAGCCCGUCUCCUGCUCCGGCUACAUCUGCACCUUCGAGGACCUGGAGAUCACCAGUGUGCUCCUGGAUGACAUUAUCAGCGUGGGUGAACUGCAGAACUCAUCGCAUAUUAUCCAGCUGAGGGUGAAGUCCCUGCGGGAUACCGACGAUCUUCUGGAGCACGUGGGUCUGGAGGAUGCCAAGCAGUUUAUCGAGGACAAUCCGCACCCGAGGCUCUGGAGAUUGCUAGCCGAGUCUGCUCUGAAGAAACUGGAACUGGAGACGGCGGAGAACGCCUUUGUGCGGUGUGCCCACUAUCCAGGGAUCAAGUUGGUCAAGAGACUGAGAACCAUCCAUUCAAAUGAGCUCCAGAGGGCGGAGAUCUCUGCGUUCUACGGGGAGUUUGAGGAGGCGGAGAAGCUCUACCUGGAUGCAGAUCGUCGGGAUCUGGCCAUAGAGCUGCGCAUGACCCUCUGCGAUUGGUUCCGCGUGGUGCAGCUGUACAGAAUGGGAGGAUCGGGUGUGUCCGACCAGCAAAUGGAGGUUGCCUGGCGGGAGAUUGGCCACCACUUUGCGAAUCUGCGCUCCUGGGAGAGUGCCAGGGAGUACUACGAGAAGUCGCACUAUCUGGAGGGCUACAUGGAGGCUCUGUACCACCUGGAGCAGUUCGACGAUUUGGAAAAGUGCGUCGAAAGGCUGCCGGAGAAGAGCCCCCUGCUCCCGAAGCUGGCUGAGAUGCUGGCCUCCGUGGGCAUGUGUUCGGAGGCAGUUCAAGCCCAUCUGCGCUUCGGUGACCAGAAGGCGGCCGUCUCCACCUGCGUGAAUCUCCGCCAGUGGGGCGAGGCGGUGGAGCUGGCCCAGAGAUUCCAGCUGCCCCAAGUGCAAACGCUGAUAGCCAAGCAUGCGGCCCAGUUGCUCCAGGAGGGACGGCUCAAGGAGGCCAUCGAGAUGCAGCGGAAUGCCGGACGCCACCUGGAUGCAGCUCGUCUGCUUUCCCAAAUGGCGGAGCGGGAGCAGGAGAGGCGGGCUCCCCUGCUGAGGAUCAAGAAGCUCUACGUGCUGGCUGCUCUCUUGGCGGAGGAGCACCUGAAGGCGGUUGCCACGCCGGAGAUUGACUACGCUAGCGGCAGAAACACCCUGCUGGACUCUAUUGCCCUGGAGGAUGCGGCCGCCAUCGAAAGGCUUUGGCACUGCGCCGAGGCCUACCACUUUAUGCUCCUGGCACAGAGGCAACUUCGCUUCGGGAUCAUCCACAGUGCGGUGGUCACAGCGGUGAGGCUGAGGGACUACGAGGACGUACUGCCUCCGGAGCACAUCUACAGCCUGUUGGCCCUGGCCAGCUGUGCGGAUCGGGCUUUCGGUACCUGCUCCAAGGCCUUUAUGCAGCUGGAGCAACUGAGUCACCUGCCGGAGGCUACCCUUUCAAAGUACGAGGAACUGGCAGCAGGAAUCUUCGCCAAGUAUGAUCCGGAGGACACCGCUGGCGAGAAGGUGGACUGCUAUUCCUGCGGAGUGCCAGUGCCUGAUAGCUCACCUGCUUGCCCGGAGUGUAAUGCCCGAUUUCCCGCAUGCAUUUCCUCCGGAAAACCCAUCACCCAGCCCACGAACAACAUAUGGAUCUGCACCACCUGCCACCACUGUGCUGCUCCCACAGAGAUCUCACGGCAUCGCACUUGCCCACUGUGCCACAGUUUGAUUGUGUCCAUGACGGUGGAAAUCUAAAAAAUUACUUAGAGUUUUAGAAUUACUCCCACUGCUAGAUACUUUUUGGGUCAGGCUAUCUUCUCAGUAAGAAAUUUUUUAAAUGGUUUCAUAUUUUUAAUUUAGUGU